UGUGGCCGUACUCGAGCGUAAUGUGAGUUGUGACGAAAAUAUUUACUCUCGUCAGUUCAGUGGGAGCUGUUUCUGAAAGCGAAAGUCGAGCAAUUUUGCUGCCAUAAUUUGCGAUGCCACUGGAUCUUUACUGCCACAUAGUGGUACCGUUCUGUCGGUCCGUGGUCCUUUUGGCGGAGGCUCUCGAAGUGGAAUUAAAUUUCAUCGAGGUAAACGUGCUUAAAAAGGAACAAUUCAAACCAGAAUUUCUAGCGCUCAAUCCACAGCAUUGUAUUCCAACGCUGGUCGACGGUGACAUCGUAGUCUGGGAAUCGAAUGCUAUACUGAUAUACUUGGCGGAAAAGUACGCCAAGGACGACAAAAGGUACUACCCGACCGAUAUUGGCGAGCGUGCCAAAGUGAAUCGAUUGCUGUUUUUCCAACUUGGCACGUUACAUCGAACGCUGUCUACCUAUUACUAUCCAAUCCUAGCCGAACUCGGUGAGGGUAAGCCGGAGGAUUUCCGGAAAAUUCAGGAUGCCGUAUGCGUUUUGAACAAAUUCCUAGAUGGUAACAAGUGGUUGGCGGGAGAGCAUCUAACCAUUGCGGAUUUCAGUGUGGUAAUCAGCGUGGCAGCCCUUGAAGGAGUGUUAAAAUUCGAUCUGACCGGAUACGAGCACGUUCACCGCUGGUAUCAGCAAUGCAAGAAAGAAUUCAAAAGUUUCGGAGAUAUUACACAGGGUGCGAACGACAAAUCCAAGGAGCUACUGGCAGCUUUAAGGCAGUACAAAUUAGAGCAAAUAAAUGGUCCAAAGGAGGCGUGCUGUAGCAGGGAAAUGCCUAAGCCACCGGGUCCGGAUUCAUCUUGACGGAACAUGUGAGGCAGUGUGU